GAGCCCAGCCUAAGUCAACAGUAGGUGGUGGCUUGGCUUUGAUGGGCCAGAAUCUAACAGUGGGGAUCCCAUGGAAAGGGGGUAAAACAAGCAAACGAAUCCCGCCACGAAAGACAAAGAAGAGAAGUAAUCAUAUCAUUUCAAAAACGCUAGGAAAAAUCCAGGGAUUGUGUAGAAAAUUAUGGCUGGGAAAUUGUUUCCUGAAACGUAUAUCGGCGAUUCCGAGGAAGCGUGUAGAAAAAAUCUGUCUGGAAAGAAGCAUUACAUCCCCCAAAGAGACAUCAAGUCUGCAAGCCUCUUGAGCUUUGAUAACAUAUCUCAUGACAGUGAAAAUUUGGUGGAUUCUGGAGAACUCAAGGAGCAAUUGACUUCUGAAGGAAUUCCCCACAAUGAAGAGGUGUAUGUUGGCAAAGACAAAGAGACAGAGCAAGUGCCCAGUAGUUAUCAGAAGGAAGAACAGGAAGGAACUCAAGAGCAACAGAAAUCACAAUAUACCAAUUUGCUUGAUUUUAGAUGGCUACAGGAGAAGGAGGAGGAAGAGGCAUCUCACCAGGAUGACUCUAGUAGCAUGCUGGAGGAUCUUAACAGCCAAGGGCUAUUGGCGAAACAUUCAACCUGUGAUGUUCAGGAAGGGCUGUGGCCUCCUCCUGGGGACAAUACUGAAGAACAUCUGGAGACCAGAGUGAAUGAGGUAUCUUUGUUAGAUAGUUUUGAAUCUGAUGGAAAACUACUGACAAACGCCAAUCUUUCCAAGUCCAGCUGCUUGGACAGCAGUUCCGUGGACCACGAGGGCUACUAUCUGUGUGAUGAGGAAGCCCUUUUAAAAGAAUCCAGUGCUUCCACCGGCUAUUAUCCCUGCUAUCGAACGUAUGUGGAGUUCCCCCGGUACCAGCCUUCCAACACGAGUGACCUCAGGGAGCAGAAAGGAAGUCCCUGCGAUGCCAGUGUCCAAUGUGAUGGGUGUCUGGAGGAAGAAGCUAUCGGCAGGGAGAAAAAAAUAGUGGAACUUAAUAAUAACUUCAAAGAGCUUAAGGUAUCAGUGGCUCUCCAGGAUUCUCCCCACGGUCAACCAACUGGAGGCUCCAGGCCUGGAUCUGGUGGGAGAAAGCUGGAAGGACCUGGAGGGAGGCGUUUGAGGCCAUCCAGCAGUGACCAAGAGUCAGGUAGCGCUCGGAAGGAACCAGAGGGAAUUCUGAAGCCCCGCACCCCAGGGAGCUCCCCAUACAAGUCGAGUGCAAGGCUCAAAACCUCCAAAGAGCCACCAGCCUCAAUACCACGGAACAACCUCCUGCUGCCCACAGCCAACAUCAGCAGGAAAUCUCCCCAGAAACGGAAGCACAGAAGCGGCCAAGCAGAUGAGAAGGAGCAGGCCACUGUUAUGGAACUAAAGCCACUGCUCCAAGACCAGCGCUCACUGCCCCCGAGUCCAGAGGCCAAGGCAGGAUCUCCAGGAAUCCGCUGCUAUCGCACAGAGCAAUCAGGGGAAAAUAGCCAGGUCCAACCUACAAAAGACAAAAAAAGCCCCAGCCCUCGGCAGCUGCCUCCUGCUGUGGCCUCCGCCAUAGCAGCUGAGUCUCCCCCGAGUUCUGAAAUGCCCCACACCGCCUCCUCCCGUCUCAGCUUCCACACCAUCGUCUCCUGGGUCUGGAAUAUCUUCAAGAGACCACCAUCGGCGCAACCGCAGCCUAGUACCAGCGGUGAAACGGAAAUAGGAGGCAGCAGGCAGUCGCUGACCUCUCGGCUAAGACUGUGGCUCACUCAACGCAGCAGCCGCAUUCACCCCAGGCCACCGUGAUAUUGGUCAUCCAUCUCUGGGGAGAGUCAGCUCCUUGGGGGAUGUGAAAUAUUUUUCAGAAACUGAUGGUUUCCAUUAAAAACUUCUGCUUUCCUCUUUUGUGCCAAAAAGAGAGAGGGAGAGUGGAAAAAGUGGAAUAUA